CGCUCAGUUCAGCUGUUGCAGGAAAACAAUUUCACGGUAUUGUUGUUGUAGGCUUCUACCAGACGUAGAAGCGGUCUCAUUUUAAACCAUAAUAAGUGAUACUAGUGGAACCAUCAUAUUGCUAAUCUGUCAAACGACAUCUCUGUUUCCUCAUCUAAAUGGCCCUUCCAAACGUAUAGUUGUGUAUACGCCAGGUUACUGUAGUAGAGUUUUAUUUCGAACCACAGGAACAAAAGAACAAAAAACGGUGUAAAUAUGAAAUCAUUGGCACUUGUUGUCCUGCUGUGCCUUGGCAGCGGUCUGAUGACUUCCUCAUUCAUACUCGAACCGCCGCAUAUGUGGAGUAAGCUGAUCCUGACUCACCACUGGCCGAGCACAUUUUGCAGUAUGGAACACUGUCAUUCCAAAUUUGACUACUGGACUUUGCAUGGACUGUGGCCAGAUAAAGGCCAGGAAUGCAAUUCAUCUUUGCACUUCAAUGAAACUCUAAUCCAGGACCUACUUCCAGAGAUGCAGAAGUGGUGGCCGGAUCUUAAAAUUCCAGAAUCCUCUAGAUUCUGGAAAUAUGAAUGGCAAAAACAUGGAACAUGUGCUGCAAAAGCUGAGUCCCUAAACAGUCAACACAAAUACUUUGGUAAAGCCCUGGAGCUGUAUCACAAGUUAGACCUUGAUGGGGUGAUGAAGAAAUGGAACAUUGUGCCCUCUGAGACUUACUACACAUUUGACCUCAUCGAACGAAACAUUUUCAACUUCUACAACGUGAAACCAAAGAUUCAGUGUAUUCAUCCAAAGGAAGGGAAUGUGCAAAUCUUGGGGCAGAUCGAGAUCUGCUUCAACUCAGACUUUCAACUGGAAGACUGUGAGCAUUCUGAGACAGACACAGUGAACCUCAAUGUUAAGGGUGCAGGGUUUAGUGUGUGUGACAACGCCACACCGGUCUACUACCCUUCCCUGAAGGGGAAAUCGUUAAUGUAGUGGCUAGUGAGGUAUGGUCAUGCAUCCAUUUAUAAUCAGUGUCAUAUCUCACAUGGAACAUAGAUACAGGAAGAUUCCACUUCGUGUGAGUUCGCACAGAAAUACUCUAUCUGAAAAACACUAACAGUUUUUAAUUGAGUGUCUACUACUAUUUGGAUCUGUUUGCUGGCAUUCAAACUUAAAAUUGUAGUGCUUGAUUCUUGGAAACAGGGUGGUCAUGUUGUAACUCAGGGAACAAAUCAGCUUUUUUUCUAUAUAGUACUUUACAAAUCAUAAUAAAAUUAAUGUAAAUAAGAUACGUUUCCCACAGAGCUUCUUAGAUGCUGCAGAGAAAGGGGAGGGUGAUGUAUGACACUAGGUAUCGUAGACUAGUGGUUGGAUGCUACGUGUGAUGGUCAGUCAAGUAGUAUGCAGUGCAUUAUAUCCUGUAGAGGGGAGGGGCGUCCAUGUUUGAGCCUGUCGAUGUGGAAUGUAACCCUAAUGCCACCUGUAAUAUAGUAUGACAUUUGCUUUUAAGUGAUUUGCGAGACAUUUAAAUCAAAUCAAAUUGUAUUGAUGAUCACGUACACGUGUUUAUUAGAUGUUAUUGCAGGUGUAGCGAAAUGCUUGUGCUUCUAGCUCCGACAGUGCAGUAAUAUCUAACAAUUUCACAAC